AUGGGGAAAAAGAAACAAGCGCCAAAGCCGGCGCACGGGGCGGCAUCUACAUCAUCCGCACCCGCUGCCCAACCCACUGGAGCAACGAAGCGACCGCGGGGACAAGAUCCAACGGCGACUCUUCAGCCGCCGUGGCUACCCGGCGGAAGGCCAAGGCGCCAGGGCCUUCGCGCUCCCCACGCUCAAGAUAUUCCGUCUCGCCCGGGGCCUCCUCACCCCACCCGCUCCCCCACCUCCCCACACGAGGAUCCAUCGGCCAACCCAUGUUCCACCACUCCAAUUGCGGGUCCCGUGCGGUCCCAGGCGUUGCAAACUCGUCCCACCCGCGGUGCCGCUCGUUCGGCUGCGACAACACCUGGACAGGAGUCACACCAAGAUGUCAGUCACGGGCGCGAGAACCAGACCCAGGGACAGGGGGAAAACGCACGAGGAAAGGCAACAGCAGGGGAGGGUGCGACGGGAGGUAAGGACUCACAACACCCCAUCGAGCCGCGGAAGGACGGGACCGAGGAACAAGGGGAUGCUGGCGCUGAGGCGGCGGGAGAGAAGGGGCAACCGGAGGAGGAGGAACGGGAGCGGCGGGAGGGACUGCGACGGACGGCGCGUUCAAAAGGGAAGGCGCCGAUGGAGGAGGCGCCGACGGUGCGGGCGCAAGAGAUGGCGCAGGGGCCGGCUGGAUUUGAAAGGGAGUCGGCGCAGGCGGAAGGAGCGUCGGGGGCGGCAGAGUCGGCGGGAGAAGAGAUGUUGGCGGAGGUGCAGAGGAUGGCGGCUGGACAGCGCGCCCACGAGGAGGAUGGAAUGGCCUAG